GGGAGUGAGUGACUUGAUUCAUGUCGAGUCCAUUGAAGUGAACAUUGUCGGUGAGCCAUAUGCCAGGUGAGGCAGUGAAUAGUGAGUGCAUCGGUAGUAGAAGGCUUGGGACAGAGUGAGUAUGUCGAAGAUUGGGGAGUUGGGUGAUCCCGUUGUGCAGUUGUGAGCUGUGAGCUGUGCUGGGGAAAGAGCUUCCAACCAGGUACGGAGUGUUCGGCAAGCAUCGUACAGGGCAGCUCUUGCAUUUCUGGGGAUGAGGAUGAGGAUGAGGAUGGGUCAUUGGGAGGCACUUGCAGAGGAGUGGAUAGAGUGGAUAGCUACUGCUGCUCAGAAGCUCUGGAUACUCGUACUGCUAGAUGACACCACCUUCCCUGGCAUGGUCUGGGUCCUUGGUCCCUACCUGGUAAGUAGGUAACAUACGUGAGGAUGAACCUCCGAGCCAUUGCCUUAUUGCCUCCUGUCUACGAGUAUUCGCCCAUCUCUUCUCUUCUCAAUAUUCACCAACAAUUUCGUGCCUCAUCCCCCAACACCUACCAACAUAAAUAUACUCCUCCCAUACACACACGGUACACUUUCACUAACACCACUCAACCAACUGUUGUUUUGCUGCUGGCCAGACUUUCUCAGCUUGCCACUCGGAGCCUACGAGUACAAGAUCAGCACAAAGCAACCCCGCACUCGCAACAGCAUCCUCCCGUCUCCACCGCCAUCAUCCAGGUAGCUACCCCUCCCCCUCCCCUCCAGUAAAGUUCACUACUGCAGUCUACAGAUAGCUUCUCCCAUCAUGUCUACACUAGUUGCUAAUCUCUCCGCGUAGAUCCACAGACUCCCUACAAAUCUUAUAAUACACAUUGCUUUUUCACAAAAGAGAUAAAAGGUACUUCACUGCCAAUAAAUCGAAAUGUCCAACACAACUGUCCCUCGCGAGCGUCGUCCUUCGACCGGUGCUCCCAUUUCUGAUCUGCAAGGUCCCGUCGGUCCUGGGUUCUCGAGACCAAAGCACAAGCGUACCUUUACGGGAUUCGGAGCCGGUGAAAUCAAGAGCGUUGAAGGUAUGUUACACCUCUUAUAAAUUUCCUAUUCUUUCUCCGUCUUGUUUCAAUUUGGUGGAAUAUCUCGACUACUGCAUGUGAAUGGCGUUCACUUGUGCUGAUCAUUACUUUACUCGAUAGCUUCCAUCCCUGAACCCCAACGUGAAGCUUGGAAAAAGUUCCAGGCCAAAGGCUUUACCAACAAGGAGGAAUUUGAGAGAGAGGUCGUUCGCCAUGUCGAGACCACGUUGGCUCGUUCCAUGUUCAACUGUGAUGAGACCGCUGCCUAUGCGGCUGCCAGUUUGGCCUUGAGAGACCGCUUGAUCACUCAAUGGAAUCGAACUCAACAGCGCCAGACCUUUGCCGAUGGGAAGCGAGUUUACUACCUGAGUCUAGAGUUUUUGAUGGGCAGAGCUCUGGACAAUGCGAUGUUGAAUAUUGGGGCCAAGGAUAUUGCAAAGGGUAUGUUCUCUGCUCUUUGAACCUUCGAAAAGAUAUCAUCCUGAUUAUUUUACAGAUGGUCUUGCGGAUUUGGGUUUCCGUAUCGAGGACAUUAUUUCUCAAGAGCAUGAUGCUGCACUUGGAAAUGGUGGUCUUGGUAGACUUGCCGCUUGUUUCCUCGACUCAAUGGCCUCAUUGAACAUUCCUGCUUGGGGUUACGGAUUGAGAUACCGAUAUGGUAUUUUCAAGCAGGAGAUUGUUGAUGGUUACCAAGUUGAGGUUCCAGAUUAUUGGCUUGAUUUUAACCCCUGGGAGUUCCCAAGGCACGACAUUGUGGUAGAUGUAAGCUUCUGAUCCACAAGCUUCAUGCACUGAGUUAACGGUUGACAGAUUCAAUUCUAUGGAAAUGUUCGAAAAUACCAAAACGAACAAGGAAAGAACGUCAUUACCUGGGAUGGCGGCGAGGUUGUUCAGGCAGUUGCAUAUGAUGUCCCAAUUCCAGGAUAUGAUACAGUCUCGACAAACAACAUGAGACUGUGGUCCAGCAAGGCUGCAAGUGGCGAGUUCGAUUUCCAAAAGUUUAACAGCGGUGACUACGAGAGUUCAGUGGCUGAUCAACAACGUGCUGAGACCAUCAGUGCUGUGCUAUACCCAAAUGAUAACCUCGACCGUGGCAAGGAGCUUCGCUUGAAGCAGCAAUAUUUCUGGGUUGCAGCAUCACUAUAUGACAUCGUUAGACGAUUCAAGAAGUCAAAGCGAGCUUGGGUUGAAUUUUCUGAUCAAGUUGCCAUUCAACUUAAUGAUACCCAUCCAACUCUGGCUAUUGUUGAGCUUCAACGCAUCCUUAUUGAUCUGGAAGGUCUUGAAUGGGAUGAAGCAUGGAGUAUUGUCACCAAGACUGUGAGUACAAUUUUCCUUCAAUAACUUAGAUAAUGAAAUGCUAAUUAAGAUCAGUUCGGUUACACAAAUCACACAGUCCUUCCAGAAGCCCUCGAAAAGUGGUCUGUUCCACUUUUCCAAAAUCUUCUUCCCAGACACCUGCAGAUCAUAUAUGAUAUCAACUUGUACUUCUUGCAAACGGUAGAGCGCAAGUUCCCCAAGGAGAGAGAGUUGUUAGGUCGUGUCUCAAUCAUCGAAGAAUCUCAACCAAAAAUGAUUCGCAUGGCAUACCUAGCCAUUGUUGGUUCCCACAAGGUCAAUGGUGUUGCGGAGCUUCACUCAGAUUUGAUCAAGACUACAAUCUUCAAGGAUUUUGUCAGGAUCUUUGGUCCUGACAAUUUCACAAAUGUCACUAACGGAAUCACCCCACGACGUUGGCUACACCAAGCCAACCCCAGACUAUCCGAGUUAAUUGCAUCCAAGACUGGUGGUUUGGACUUUUUGAAGGACUUGAAUAUCCUCAAUGAACUUGAGAAGUUUGUCGAUGACAAGGAAUUCAAGAAAGAGUGGGCUGAAAUCAAGUAUGCCAACAAGGUCCGACUUGCCAAGCACAUCAAGACAACUACGGGGGUCACUGUCAACCCAUCUGCUCUCUUCGACAUCCAAGUCAAGCGUAUACACGAAUAUAAGCGUCAACAAAUGAACAUCUUUGGAGUUAUCCACCGAUACUUGACCAUCAAGGCAAUGACCCCCGAGGAACGAAAGAAGCUCGCACCAAGAGUUUCCAUCUUUGGUGGUAAGGCAGCUCCUGGAUAUUGGAUGGCCAAGACCAUUAUUCAUCUCAUCAAUCAAGUCGGGUCCGUUGUCAACAAUGAUAAGGACGUUGGCGAUCUUCUCAAAGUCAUCUUCUUGGAGGAUUACAACGUUUCCAAGGCUGAAAUCAUCGUUCCCGCAAGCGACAUCAGUGAGCACAUUUCAACAGCUGGUACUGAGGCUAGUGGUACUUCGAACAUGAAGUUUGUCCUGAAUGGAGGUUUGAUCAUCGGCACAUGUGAUGGUGCUAAUGUAAGUCGCUAUCUGUAAGAUGAUUUCUAGAGUUUUGCUAACCAAAACUCCAGAUUGAGAUCACUCGUGAAAUUGGAGAGAAUAACAUAUUCCUGUUCGGCAACCUGGCGGAAGAUGUCGAAGACCUUCGACAUGCACACACCUAUGGUGCUCACAAUCUCGAUCCAGAUCUCGCCAAGGUCUUCGAUGCCAUCAAGGCGAACACAUUUGGUGAUGCAGGUUCUUUUGGAGCCUUGGUUAGUGCCAUCGAAGACCACGGUGAUUACUACCUUGUUUCCGAUGAUUUCCACAGCUAUAUCCAAACUCAAGCCUUGGUGGAUGAAGCCUACAAGGAUCAAGAUGAAUGGGUCAGCAAGACCAUCUUGAGUGUUUCUCGUAUGGGAUUCUUCAGCAGUGAUCGUUGUAUUAAUGAGUAUGCUGAGACUAUUUGGAAUGUUGAACCUUUAGUCCCAGAACCCCAGGAGAGAAACGGGCUGCAGAAGGGUGAGUUGUGAGCUGAGGGUAUUGUGAGAGUUGACGAGAGCGAGAGAAUGGAUGGGAUGCAUGCAUGCGAAUGGCUUCCAUUGGAGAAAUUGCA